CCACUAGCUUCGCGUGGAACACACUGGAACACUCUCCUGGAUCCAAACAAAUACCUUCUUUGCUGUCCCGCCUCGAUGGACCUGCCUAUAAUAGAUCUAGACCUCUUUCUCUCCCAAUCUAGGGAUACGGAGGUAGUGGUUGAAGAAUGCAAGAAAGUAGCGAAUGCUCUGAUUGUCCAUGGUGCUCUGCUUCUACGCGACUCGCGUGUAUCGGAGGAGGACAACAUCACCUUUCUCGACCUGUUAGAGGAUUAUUUUGCACAAUCUGAAGACAUUCUCAAGAAGGACGAGAGGCCCGAGCUCAGCUAUCAAGUCGGCGUUACCCUUGAGCUCACGGAAAAACCGAAAUGUGCAGUGGAUACGAGUUGCCUGCGUGUUAUAGAACGAUUAGAGCGCUCACAGAGACCGGUGGAUAUCAGUGCUCAUAAUUCAGAUCCAAAGUGUCGCUUCUUUUGGAAGAUGGGAGUUACGCCGCCGCCGUAUCAGACGCAGUUUCCCUGUCUCAAUGCUCCUAAUGUUGUCCCCCAGGCCGAACAUAUCAAGGAACGCUGGCUGCCAACCAUGGAAAAGUGGGGGAUGUCUAUGAAACGCGCAGUGGAGAACCUAGCUGACAUGGCAUCCAUCGGACUUGGUCUACGUGCAGAGACGUUCCGCGAAGCAGGGAGAUACGGACCACAUAUUCUAGCGCCCACCGCUUCGGAUCUUGUCAAAUACGGAGAGCAAAAUACCAUUCUCGCUGGUUUUCAUACUGAUCUCAACUUUUUGACAAUCCACGGUCGUUCGAGAUAUCCUGGCUUACAUAUAUGGGCUCGGAAUACCGGCAGACGUAUCGCAGUCCAAAUUCCAGAAGGAAACUACUUACUUGUUCAGGCUGGGAAGCAAUUAGAGCACAUCAGUGGUGGUCUAAUCAAGGCGGGUUACCAUGAAGUCGUCGUUAAUGAUAAAACUAUCGCGGUAUGCAUUCUGUUUAACUACUAUAUGUUGUCGAUCACCUUGACACGGGUAUUGGAGGUCAUCGAGCAGCGCAAAAGAGAACACCCCUCACGACCUUUGAUUCGAAUCUCAUCUACUUUCUUCUGGCAUCUCUCUUCUGAUUAUGAUCUGGAGCCCAUUCCUACUUUGGCAGAGCACUCAAGAGCGAUUCGGGCUGCUUACAUCAGUCUGGGGAAGGACAAUGGAGAAGACACAGUUUACGAACCCAUGAAAGUUGGCCAGCAGGUCCAGAAUGAGCUAAAAGAUAUAGCCCUCAUGGCCUGA